GGCGGGGCGUCAACGCGGCGCCGGACAGACGCUAGCGCGCACAUGCGCGCGUCUCUAGUGGAAGUCGUCUGCUACUGGAUGAAGCAGACGACGCACGAGACGCGCUGCUGUUGCUUCGAUGCAGCGCGACAGCUUGUGAAAUGGCGAUGAGACCGCGGUUCUCUUUGCGAGGUGGCAGUACGAUUGGUCCUGUUUUGUGCCUACAUUCCGAUCUCGUGGAGUGUUCCUUAAUAAUUUCUCCGUUAAGGAAAAGAUGCCGGAGUACGCGUACGGCGCUUGGGGGCAUGCCUGAAACCGGUAGUGCCGAAACGCAGGCCGCUCGCUCUUGCGCAUGGGGAAGGAGGCGAGGAGGUUUCACCGCUAGCAACCUUGCGGGGAGCAGCAGUGCUUCUGAGCGGUGUGCUUCCGCUCGCCAAUGUACCGUUGGAUUGAAAUACACUGACAUGUUGCUGCUAAUCUGCCGGAGCUUCACAUGCAUGCGUGUUGUGUGUGUACACUUGCGUAAUUCAUAACACAAGCAGAUAACACUAGAUGCAAACAAGUAACAUCUUCCAACAUGCGUCAAAUUAGAACUGUUUGUUUAUAUGUUGAUUUAUACUUGCGAUUAUGGCUUAUGUAUUUCGUUCUCGUCGUACUUUAUGAGAAGUAUGUCACUGAAGCGGCUAUGUGCGGAUGAUAUGACUGCCACCCUGCCGAGCGGUAUGCUCCUCAACUUCAGAGCGGGGAGAGGGUAGAGAGGGCGCCACCGCUGUGUCGGUGCGCCAGCGGAAUGUUUUGCAUCUGAAGUUUGUUGUGGCUGUGUGGGGCUGCGGGCGCAUUUCUCUGCGUGUGUGUGUGUGAAUCGCGAGUGCUCUUUGGGAUGUGAGCAACAAGUUACUUCGGAACCGCUCAUUGUCUGGGAUGGGCAUGUUGAGGAGUUUAAGCCAUGACAGAACCAUUGCUGCAAUGGGCAGCCAUGGCAAAGUGCAGUUCUCCUCUAGUCUGUGGGUUCCUGGAGCAUCCUGGGGACCCCUCUGCAGCAGUUGUCGGGGCAGCUGAGCCAUGGAGUGCGUGGCAGGAGGGUCAGGUCUUGGCGGUGCCCUCCCCAAGGUUCGUAGCAGCUCACCUGGCGACUUGGGCUACCACACCCUGUUGCCCGCACCGGGAUGGCCGACCACAGCCACAAGCAACAGUCACCACCAGCGACCAUCGGCAAAGAGCUGCCUCUUUGACCGACUGCCAGAUGACCUGCUGCUUCGUGUGCUCGCCUGCCUUUCGAGCGACGAGCUGUGUCGGUGCGCACGCGUCUGUCGGCGAUGGUACUUCCUUGCCUGGGAGCCUCGCUUGUGGACCAGCAUUGUGUUGGCAUCUGAGCACCUGCCCGUCGACCAGGGCUUGCGCACCAUUUUCCGGUUGCUGAGCCGGGAUACUCCUGGUGUGUGUUCUGCUGUAGAGCGCAUCUGCCUGAGUGGCUGCCUGUGCCUAACCGACAGUGGCCUAAGUGCGGCGGCUCGGAGGUGUCCCCAGCUGCGGACGCUAGAAGUGCGCGGUUGUUCCCAAGUCACGGAUGUGGGUGUUUCAGAAGUGGUCACACGCUGCCUCAACUUGUCACGCCUCGAUGUCACUGGCUGCUACCAGGUGACAAGUAUACGUCCGAGGCAUGGGGCGAACUUGGAAAUGAAUGAGUCCCUCGGUGGCCUGGCUCCCUCGGGCGGAAACCAAUUGUACCUGCAGUACAUCGACCUUACUGACUGUCAAGCCUUGGAGGACUCUGGGCUGAAAGCCCUCGCCAGAGCAUGCCCGCAGCUCACACAUCUCUUCCUGCGGCGCUGUGUGCGGCUGACUGAUGCUGCACUAAAGUGUGUGGCCAGCUACUGUGUUGUGCUGAGGGAGCUCAGCAUCAGUGACUGCGUCCAGGUAACAGACUUUGGCCUGUACGAGCUUGCCAAAUUGGGUCCGCACCUACGCUAUCUGAGCGUGGCCAAGUGUGAGAGGGUGUCAGAUGCUGGGCUGAAGCAGGUGUGCCGGCACUGCUACCGGUUACGCUACCUCAAUGCUCGAGGCUGUGAGGCAGUCUCGGAUGCCACUCUGGAAGUCCUGGCUCGCUCGUGUCCAAGGCUUCGAGCCCUUGAUGUUGGCAAAUGCGAGGUUGGAGACCGAGGCCUGGCGUUCUUAGCCCGCCACUGCCUGAACUUGCGCAAGCUGAGCCUCAAGUCAUGUGACCUGGUCACCGACCGAGGCCUGCAGGCCCUGGCCUACUUCUGCCGGGGCCUGCAGCAGCUCAGCCUGCAGGACUGCGCGGGGGUGACCGUGGACGGCUACCGCAUUGUGCGCAAGUACUGCCGUCGCUGCAUCAUCGAGCACACCAACCCGGGCUUCCACUGAACAGCACUUCUUGGCCAGGUAGUGAGAAUGGAUGGAAGGAGGGCUGGAGAGCCAUACCUUGGCACGACGAAGUAGUAGCACUGGCACUCGGAACAUCGGAAGCAGGUUCACCCGAUGAAUUCUGGCAAUUGAGUUGUUACAACUUGCUACGUGAAUUCAAUUCCAAAAUUGGAAUUUUGGCCUGCAUUUCCUCUUCUAGCAAACAACCUCUUACCAUGAAAUCAACAAGAACAGAGUUUUGAAAGAAUAUUUUAGCACUCUGAAACGGCGUGGUGUCCAAAACACGACUGCUGUUUGAACACACAUGCUGGGGCCAGCAGGGAGCCUUUCCUUCCGUCCAUUCUCUUUGCCCUCGGCCAAUGACAAGUGUUGUCUCGUGCUUGUGCUUGGACACUCGUCACUGGGCUUCCAAGAACUUCAUCUAAAGCCUGCCUCGUGUGGAGCAUUUACUGCACGUGAAAUUGCACUGUGUGUGCCAUGGACACUGCGUCAUAGUCAUAUGCAACACCUGCGUGCAACAAAUGGUGCCAAGGCUGAUUUAGUAAUCAAAAGUAAUCUUGACAAAAGAAAAGCACUUUAAUGAUCAAGGUAGCUUAUCUCUUCAAGAAUACCACCUGAGCUUAUUGCUCAGGUUUCAGUUAAAGGGGCACUGCAACACUUUUUGAAUAUUGUAAGAAAAUGUUUGCCAUCUGUAGACAAUGCUUCCACCAACAUGCGAACCAAAUGUUAUGCUGCAUGUAUCAGGGAGCACUCAUUUGCCCUUUUAUGCAGAUAAGUACAGUUACUGAUGAAUUUUUCAUGGAAGGGGCCGCAAGAUUUUCCAAGUUACCGGGCAAUCGGAAGCAAAUCGGAAUGAGAAAAAUAUAUAUUUUGUUGAAUUUGUGGGUCGAUGACGAGAAAGAUACGGCUUCAUGCCUUGUCGAUAAUAUCCUCGCAUCAGUGGUACGAAACACAGCCAGCCAGACAUUUGCAUCCACUGCGUCCCUCCAGGCGAUAGUGUAGCCAGCAGUGAGAUGACACUGUUAUGAAAAGCGCUGGCAGCAGGGAGCAAAUGCUUCGUCUGCCUCUUGCUUCAACGCGCAUCUGAAAGUUGACGUUAUGCAACCUCCAGUAUUAAACUCCUGGGAUGACAGCGCACAUGAUACCACACCAUCUCGGCAUGUCCACUCCUUGCCCACGUGACACAUUAUCUCUGAGCAGGGCGUGCGGGCUGCGUAUGUGCUCAGCUCCACUGACAGCCACUGCGCAGCCAUGGCCCCACUAGAAAAGGAGACGCGUGCCUACGUGCCCCUCUCCUUUUUUACGGGAAGACUGCGCUCAUCAAGACGCAUCAAAAUUCUCAGCUCACCCUGGCACGCUUGUACUUGCACCUGAAGCAUGCAAUAUGCAAGGUGCGACAGGAUUUUAUCAUACUUGGACUUUAUCCGGAACAUGACGCUGCUCCGCUUUGGCGGUCACUCUCGGUCACACGUUGAGGGGUGCGUUUGCAAGCAGCCGCUUGUAAUUCAGCCAUUUGGAUUUGUUAUCUCGGUAUUUAUUAUUGCAGCGAAAUAUCAUUAUAUGAGAAUGGAGUAUAAACACGCUUCGUUACGUUGAGGUUCUAAAUACAUGGUGUUCUAUGGACAGGUUAUAGAAACCUAAAUAUGUUAUUAAAUCAAGAAUUUUGUUAUAUUGGAGUUUGCUGUAUCGAGGUUUAACUGUAGAUCGAUUGCUCUCUCCUGCAGCUUUCGAGGCUCUGUUUUGCCACUGCCAGUGAUGUAGAACACCCGCACAACAGCCCAUAGAUGCCAACCAUUGGGCAACUGUUCAUGAAUUACUCCUGAGCCAACACUCGCACAUGCAUGCACAGCCUUCCUCUCUUCAGUCAAGCGAGCUGGGGAAUGAUGGCUGUUGAUGCGUCCCACCCACCCUGCCACCACCCAUUUGUCAUUCUCGAAUAACUUUGUCAGAUGCUAACCAUAAAGGGUCAUCUUAUGUAUACUGCGAAAUGAAGAAAAAGGACGAAGCAAUAGGCACAGCAUUGUUGUUGCUGCCACCACAGCUGAGAGAAAACGCAUUGAAAGGGAAUAUGAAAACUAAACAUUUCUCUCUUUAUGUGUUUGUUCUUAUUAGGUCCUUUUGAAGAUUUCUACACAAAUAGUAUAUUCAGUGAAGGGCAUUGGACUUAUUUCAUUGUGUUGUCAAAUCAAGAAAAAAUCUGUUGCAGGGCCCCUUUGAAAGGUACCACAGAUUAUUUGCCUCCAUGCUAUGCCUAACCAUGUUGCACUCGGGUGGUCUCGCUGUGGCAUACCUUGCUUUAGAUUGAUUUGUUCGAGUGAUCCGCAUGCAGCAUAGAUUCAUGAUAGCUUCAAUGCACAUAGUUAGCGCGGUGUUUUUUGGCUUGGCGAGAAUCCAUGAAAACGUCUUGGUUGGCAUGUCAAAUCUCUCCUGACUAGCACUUAUGCAGUCUCUUCACGUGCAAAAUGUGCCAUGCUGGUCAUCCUUAUUAAGGCCAGGCAAGAGACUAUGCUGGGAACAACCAUCUUCCAUAUUGGAAGAGUGAGCUUUGGAACAAAGGUUACGGCACUAAGCAGACGACUCUGCUUAGUGCCAUAACCUUUGUUUUUAAGUCAUGAACCAACUAGCUCAGCCACAAGUUUUGUUAAAUCGUUUGAGCUUGGGAGUUGGGCUGUCACGGAUGAAGCUCCUUUCAGUCAUUUAUUUACCAAUUGUGAGCCACCUUGUAAGAUAAGAAAAGGAACACACUCGGUUCUAUUUUUGUACAGUUACCCUGCGGGACUUGUAAAAAGGUUCUACUGAUGAUCACGGUUGCAUUUUUUGCUGCCGGUUUGUAGAGAUAUAUGGCUAACUGUGGUUGAGUACAGCGUACGUUUGCAUGUAAAUUGUACACAGGUUUCUAAUGUGUAGCGUACACCAGAAAGCGGGUAGGGCUUAAAAGUAUCCCUGCAAUGAAGUGCGGGUCCGUCAUGCACAUUUCAUCCUUUCUGUACUCAGUGUGAAGAAAUUCACUGCCAAAUGUAGUAACUAGAUGGAUUACAUUUUAAUCAAUGUGACACUGCCUUGAUUCUCGUGUACAUUCACACUUGAAGAAUUUCAGGACAGAGACCUGUUCUUGGUUGUAAUGUGUGCAUUUACUGUCAUUGGCAAGAGGAAAUCAAGGCCCUUUCCUCAUUGAACUUAAUCCCUUUAGGUGCUUUACUCUGUGUUAAUAUGCACUGACACGUGCAAAAUGUGUGUUUUACUUGACAGGAAGGCAUGACACGAGGGGCUCAGAAGAGUGCCUCGUCUUUCUAUUUUUUAUAUUUGAUUUUUCACUUUGUGAUUCUUCAUGGAAACCGAGUGCAAUAUGUGUGCCUUGUAAAAAAGGCUUAGUUGCCAUGAACGAAUGUACCUGUGCAGAUGGAGAAGUGAUUAGGUGGUUUACUAACCAAAACAUAGUGAUUGUGAGGCCUUAACUAAUGGAGAAUGUCUUCCUUCAAGCACUGUUGUGCUGUGGUGUAAUCUUGACCCCUGUGAAGGCAGUGACAAAUAUUCAGAGAAAGGCUGAAAUUGUAGUGGUGGAAACAGUUUCAUGAGCUGAAGCUCUGUUUUUACGUUUUGUAUGUAACAAGAACUGACGGUCGCUGCAGAUGUAUCUGACAUCAUUGUGGCUAGAAGUCGAUUUGCUUUUCAUUUUGUGUUAGUGGUUUUCAAAUGCUAGACAUAUCAAGCCUUCUAUUUCAUUCAUUAUUUCUUCACAUAUUUUUAAACCUUACGUGGUAGUUUACAACAACAUUCAAGGCAAGCAUAGGCAUGCCUAGCUGUUUGUUUGAUUGCUGUCAAGCUUGACAAUGGGCCUGGUGCUGAACUCGAACAGGUGUGUUUUGUCUGCUGCAUGGUUCUUCUUAGCCCCUGCCCCUUAUUCUUACUUUGAUAUAAGAAAUGUGUUCAUGUACAGAGAAAUACAAACUUUCACAACUUUCAGCUUCCUUCAGAGUGUAGAAUGAAAAAAUGCAAGUGCAUGUUAUCUGCAAGUAAUCAAAAUUAAUCAAGGUCCUUCACUACAGCAGCUCUUGAGUGCCACUGUGCGCAUAAACUUAGUAAUUGCUGUGUUUAUGGAAAUGCACUCCAGCUGUUUUGUCAGCACUACCAUACAGCAUUGCUACAGCAACGGGAAGGACACAGCAUGCAACGACGGUGCUUACUUUGCAAAUGCUAUAGAAGAUGCAGCAUGAGUGGAGCAGUAGACGAAGGCAAGCAAGAAAUUGCCACUUGAAAACACUCUUGUAUGUAUGUCUAAGUGAUGAACAAUGCAAUAUUUUCUGCAUUUCGGGUUUACUCUGACAUGACCAGUGCAUACUUUCCAACUAUCCUGAAUUUUCCUUAACAUUUACGAAGGGGGGGAGGGGGGUCUAAGAUUUUAUUAAUUUUGUGUCAGAAGUUUGCCAAAACAUUAAUUCUGUCUACAAAAAAAAUUACGCGUGGCUCUGCUAUCGCAAACACCAGAUACUAGUGGAGCUGGGUGAAGGCCAGUAAAGUAGUGCCAAACCACAUGCACAAGACACACAAGCACCGGUGGACGCCAGCGCUGGCGUCCGCAGCUCGCGUGGCCAAUGCCGUCGUAGACACCGCAGUUGUCUCCACUCUGUACAGAGCAAUGGGUGAGGAGGGCAUCGAGGCACCCUAGCAGCCACCAGAGAACGCCCUUCCUCUCUCACCUGACCCCCCCCCCCCCCCCCCCCCGUACCUCAUGUGCCGCUUCUUCUCCCCCACUAGGCUUCACCCAUCUUCGCCUCGUCGCUAUGCUGCGCGAUGCUGUUAUUAUACUCUGCUUUCACUCUCAGCUCUCUCUCCGCCAGCAUGGUGAAGCUGCGUAUGUCAAGAGAAACCUGGCAAGCUUCUAACAGCUCCGCUGUAAAAAUUUUCACUCAUUGGUUCCUGUCUAUGCACUUUGAAGUCGGUGAAAAAACAUUGCUGCUUUAAGCAAGUUUUUUCAGACAAGUUCUUGAAGCAGGCCAAAUCUGCAACAGAAAAGCAGCUGAAAAAUGCACUGUGAUCUAAAAACAGCACAUUGCUAUUGAGUCUUUGAUGUUCUAAGUUUGCUGCUGCUUGUGUGUUGCUUCUAAAGGUAAAUCGCUGUUAAAAAGCGCAUCUGUAUCCCCCAGAAGUUGGGUAUGCGAACAAAACUGAUAACAUAUGUGCUGACCCCCCCUCCCCCCCUCCCCCCCAUUUUCGUUGUCGUGUCUGCAAAAUGUUUACAUAUUUUGACGUUCAUAUGUUGGCAGGUAUACCAGUAUGUCUUUUUUUUUUAAUGGUAUUUGCACUCGCCUGACUUGUCCUUUGCUCUGCCAAAUUCUUCCAGAUCAAGAAUAUUUUAUACCAUUCACUAAGUAUGAAGGCCUGCUGUGGCCAGGACUGAAUGGCUUAUCAAAAUUUCUGAGUCAAAAAGUGUCAAAUUAACAACCCUGUGUUGUAUUUGGUGAUUACUUAUUAUUGUUUUAAUUGUGGUGGCAGUACACCGACUGAGCACGCUUAGACUGGUACCAAGCCAUAAUCUUAUUAUGAAACUUAGAGCUACCCUGUUCUCAAACUCUCAUUUUCAAUGUGCUGCUUUAUUUAUUACAUUGAUAUGCUUAGUGGGAGUUGUUGUGGUUUGUUCUUGUGAUGCCUUAUUACGGCAAUAUGUUUUUUUUUUUGCAUGCUGGUCAUGUACUUUGAGGUGACAAAUGCAUUUGCGUGCUCGAUCAAUUGCAUGCCAGAGUAAUUUCGGAAGCUGUCGGGCCGAGCAGAGAUACGGGCAGCUGUCUGGCAGGAAUUCUCAUUUCAUCAAAUGUCCCCAGUAAUAAAAAAAGGUUCAAUUGUGACAUAAGCUACAAUUUCCUAACUGAUAAUUGAGGAGAAAGAGUAUCCGUACCCAACACAUGAGCAUAUAUGUGCACUCUUUUUGUAGUGCACAAAGUCUGGAAUGCAUAUUGUCACAACCCCCUUCUACAUUAUUGGCAAAAGAGUUUAGGAAAUAAAUACUAGUGGUUAAAGCUGGUGAAACAUGCUAAGAAUGGAAUGGCCAUUUCUGAGAAAUAAAGCAGAUAACUAUCUGCGCUAGCCUGAACCACUCUUGAUUCUAAACUAUUGCAAGUAGGGCGGCAAUUGGGCCUGGUUAUUAUACAUUGUCUUGAAUAAACGCACUGUUUAUAUAAACGCAACUUUAAAACUGGAUGGAACACACGCCAUACAGAGUUCACGCUCUAUAUCUUGUUGCCUUUCUUAACUGCUGCUCGGGAAUGAACUUAGAAAUACUUAUUAUUAUUUAUUCUGCUGCUAGCAUUCUCCUCGUGCUGGUCGUGAGGAGCUAUUGAAUUCUCAUUGCAUGGCAUGCUCAGAUUUCUGUUUCUUAUUGUACCUGUGUUAUACGUGCUGCUUCAGAACUUUGCUAUCAAGUUGUUUCGCAUGAAGGCAUUUGCAUUGCAGUGGUUUUUCUCAGUGGCACUCUUGCCUAUGAUGUCAUCUUACUCGGACAUGUUAAGACUUGUUUUGUUAUAGAAAUUAUCUCUGCGCUGGCUCAGCUCAUUUUAAAGCAAAUAGCUUUCUUUGGCUCUUUCAGACGUUUCUGCGGUUGGUUGAUGGUCGGAUUCUGCAAGGAAUACAUGUUUUUUUUUUUGUGUGGCCUGUUUGCUUGCUUUGGACAUUGUUGAUGGUUUCUCGUUUUUUUUUUUUUUUACUUUUUAGUGAACCUUUAAUGUUUGCCUAACAGUACAGGCCACACUUUUGCUUUACAAUAUAAGUGUAGGUCAAGUGGAAGAUCCAUUUAAAUUGUUGUGUGCCCAGUGGGAACAACUGAUAUAUUUAGACUCCAAAACCAUAUAAGAAAGCCUGGAGGCUAAUCUUUCAUCACUCGACAUUCACCUAACCCAUCGCUGACAAUUACAUUGAAGUGAGGAAAUCUUAAACCUUAUGUCAGCUUGAGUACCAAUGAAGUGUUUACUGUAGGAGUGGAUACUGCUGCACAUUUCCUACCAUUCCAUGCAUUUGAGGUUUAGUUGUUACAAGUAUCUGUGCUGUUGACACUGAUUCAGGCUGAGAUUUUUUUUUUUUCUCCCUCUUGUAGUCUUACGCAUGUGCAUUUAUUUUCUUGAAGGACCAUUCAAAUAAGGCUUUUCAUGGGGUAGAAAUGAACUUGGACGCAAGUUUCAUGGUAGCUUGGGCUUAAAAAAGAUUAUGCGAUUACUUUGUAGGCCUACGUCUCCACAUGGUCCAGAACUACUCAUUCAUCAUCACUUCAAUAUGCCUAAUACAUUGUUACUGGUGCUUCCAAGCACUGAAUGAUUUAUGAUGUACUGGGAUCCAUCUGUUUACAAAAUAGGUAACGUCACUAGUAGCAGAGAGUUGUUACUUGUGUUGUUUGAUACUUGUGAGCUGUAAUGUCUUCAUUCCAGAAGUGCGCAGACCGUUUCUAAAGAUCUUCUAAUGGACAGAGCUGUAUGCUGCUUGAACUCUUGCCUACCUCUUCUUUUUCUUACGUAUUAUGUGGUGUGUUGCUGGAACGAGGAAGGAAUGAAAAUGUCAAUAAUAUAGUUGAAUGUCUGGCAAGCUGUUUCCGUCAUGCAGAAUGUCAAUAGACACUUUGAAGGUUAAAGAAAGAAAAAAAACGAAACACUUGGCCAGUUGACUUUUUUGCACAAUGAAAACUUCACGUCAGUGGUGUGUGAACCAGCUGCAAGGGAUGAAUUAGGUUCUAUGCUGGCUUCUAGUGCAGGGCAGGUAGUGUUGGUAUCUAUGUGAGCCUGUUAGUGGCAUGCCAGUAGUGGAACGACCACGUGACUCCUGCCCAAAACAUGCCAAAACGAGAUCACAGGAAGCAUAUUUCAUUGAGGAGUCUAUUUUUACUUUGUUUCAGUCAUCUGUGAUUUUGAUGCAAUUGUUUUGAACACUGAAGGAAACAGACCAGGAUGUGCUCGUCGUCAUCAACUUCAACAUUAUUUUGCACUGAGCAGCGGUGGUUGCGUUUCAGAGUGAAUAUAAUGUGCAAUCAUUGUCAAAUAUUGACUGUGCAAAAAAUUCAAGCAGAAGCCCUUCUGGGAGUUAUCUAAGUAUGUGUAAGCACUGCGCCACUUGCUCAUCUCCAUGCAGCCAGUUGUCAUCAUCAAUGUUAUGAAACUGAAUCCGACCAGUAUAAACCCUUAUCAGUCUGUGUCAACCUUAGCAGACUUGAUCCAACCCUUAUCGGUGCUUAUUGACCUUAUCAGAAUUGUUUUGACCUUUAUAAGCCCUUAUCGCUCUUUAGCACCUUAUCCAUCCCCAUUAAACCAUUAUCAACCUUGAUGACACCCAUAUAACCCCUCAUCACUCCUUAUCAUUCUUAUCAACUCAUUGACUGCUUAUGUCUGCAUAGCCCCAGGUGAAGUGAAUGAGCCCUUAGAUUGGUGGCUUUUUGGACGGUGAAGGAAUGCCACAACGAAAGGCGUACCCUGCGACCACCGAAACUCAUUGGGAAUAUGGCAUGUUUGGCAUUAAAUUUUUGCAAAAUCAGAAUUUUCCUGAUGUCUACAGUGCUCCAAGUCAGCUCUACAUGUGGGCCUAGAGAUGACUUUUAUUCUAUGAUCACCAAAUCUUUUGACACAGCCUUCAUAGAAACUGUUCUCAUUUGACAUUUGUUUUGUACCACUGAUACAACACAUUCAUAUGGCUCAAAUAUAUUAACCUUAUGCAAGCAUGGGUGUUUAGCCCACUGGUGGGGUAAGACACUCGGCUUCUGAUCGUGGGGUUGUAGCUUCGAAACUCACCACCACCAGUGUUCUUCCUUUCGAAUUUAUUUUGUUUUAUACAUUAAUUAUAUAUAGCGAUUCGUCUUACAUGACGGACAGAAGGAUAGGUUUCGUCGUUGGGUAGGCACAGAAAUGCUUACGCAUUUCAGAAAGAAUUGUGAAGGAGUAGUAAUAUCCCAUGCAGUUUUUUUAAAACAGAAAGCCACGAAUGCCCGGCAUUCUCCUUGCACUUUACUGUCUCACCAUGCAUGUUAAAAAGCACUGGCGGUGCAUGUAGGGACCACAUUCAUGUCUGUCGUGAUCUUGAAGGCACCAAUGCUGAGGAUUUGGCCUCAAGAUCUCCUACCACAAUGUCUCUGCAUGAGCUUACGUUUUUCAUUUCUGCAUGGAUGCGAUUCAUUACUCUUGCAUCAUUUUUCAAAUGUAUAAUUAAGUAAAGGUACUGAAUUAUGAGAAUGCAUGUGGAAAUUUGUUGGCUGUGACAAGUCUAAAUUGCCAUAGCAAAGGAGUUCAUUGUCAGUUAAGCAGGGUUGAUGGUUCUAUGCAGUAAGCUACAACAGUUAUCGAAGUGUUAUAUAGACACCUAUGCAUUUUUCUAGCACUAUUUCUCAAGACAUUGCCACUUUGACUACGAUUUUCUCAAGCCACGUGCCAGUUACUUUAAGUGCAGUUACAGUAUUUCUCAAUAGUGUGCCAUUUUGACUGCGAUUUCUCCUAACCCACAGCACCAGUUUCUGCCCAUCUACUUUUAUAUGCAGUGGUGAAGCAUGUUAAUCUUAAAGCAUGUUAUGAUGGCAGGUGACGCAAGACUGCUUCUUGUGCUAUUUUGAAAUUUUUUUGUGAGAUAUACAAUGUUGGAGUAAUGUUUCUGUGAGAUGAAAGGUGCUAUUGCUGUAAUUUAUAGGAGUUUGGUGUUUGUAUCCAGUGACAAUGCUUCUAUCGUGAAGACUAGGAAGAAGCCUUUUUUUUUCUUUAAUUCUUACAUGAGGCAGGAAAGAUAAGUAGAUUUUCUAUAUCUCAAAGAGAACCUGCAUCGGAAUUCUGUUCUUUCAUUCACAUAGAAGUGUGCCUUAUUGCAGAACUUGUGCAAGUGCCUUCGAGCAGUCAUCGCUAUGGUCAAAGGAAAUAAAAUUGUUACAAAGUGUG